AUGCUCGAACAAAAAGAACGUAUCAAGAUGCAGCAACCUCCCAAAUGUCUAGUCCUCCGAGGCGAUCUGAGAAAAGAAGACGAGGUUCGCAAAGCAUUGGUCCGAAGAUUAAUAGCGAACGUCACUCGCCAGAUUCAACGAGGCAUGCCAGACCGACGUACUGCGCUGGAAAUGGCUCGGAAGUUUGUCAGUCAAUUAUCGAAUCCAGGUCUACACCGUCAAGGGAACAACAGCGAUGAGGAAUUAGAGACUCAUGAUUAUCGAUCCCCUCCAACUCUCACACCAGAGCUACUCUACAUGAUGUUACCCGGUCCCGAUAAGAAAACCAAUUCUCAAGGUACAUAUACCUGGCCAGACCACAUUUCGGAUAAAACUCUGGAACGAAUGGGACUAGCUAUUAUUGAAAGCAGUGAAAGCGAACAAGUGCUUCAAUUCUACCGAAUUAGCGUAUGGGUGAAGGCUAUAUCUUGCAUAUCCAAGUUGGCACCGUUGAUAUCAAGCCCGCACCUAAAAUACCACUUCAAGACAUUGAAGAAGCAAUAUGAGGCCGCAGCUGUUGAGGAAUUGAACGCAAUUCCUAUCACUGCUUCUCCUAGUCUGACUUUGAUUCAAGCCCUUCUAUCUGGAAAACGCCUAAUGCAAUAUUUAGGCAACAUGUCGCGCUGCUGGAUGUUCACUGGGCUUGCUUCUCGAAUCAUUGUUGCCCUCAACUACCACAAUAUCACCAAUACCGUGCCUCGGAAUGAAAUAGAAGAAGAUAUACAUGCAUGCGUGUAUACUUGCUAUUAUUUCGACAAGACUUUGAGCUUGCUUCUCCUCCGACCUCCUUCAUUGCCCGAGCUUAAAAUCGAUCCCUCACAGUUAAUCCACAUGGAUCCCGAUUUACCCACUACACCGAUGAUUACAGGCAUUGUUGAGUUCGCACACUUGAAGAAUUCUCUGGUCAACAUCUUACUCGAGAGGAAAGAAAUGGAAGAUGCAGAAAAAGCAAAUCAGUUAUCUGAUCUUGUCGCCAAGGCCCAUUCAAUCCACACAAAUUUACAGAUGCACCGAAGCAGUCAAGAAAUCAAGUUCACUUCCUCGUGGGCGGUUCUUCGUUGCGAAUGGUUGUCCAUGGAUUUCAACUAUUACUCAAUAUUAACCUCAAUCAUUCGGGCACGCUCCUCUGUGCUCAAGUCCCGCUUAGUCUGCGAAGACUGCCUGUACGCGGCUCGGAAGGCCCUGACAACCCUUCGGGCCAUGCAGGAGGCUUUCGCGAGCCGUGCGACCUCUGUCGAUUCCUAUCCAUAUUUCCUGACCUGGACCAUGCUGCUAUUUCCACUCUCUCCCUUCUUUGUGUUAUUUUGUAACGUUGUUGCAACAUCUGACCGCAGAGACUUCGAAAUGAUCCGGGAAAUCACAGGGGACCUGCGACAGUUUGCGAAAGCGAAUGCAUCUAUCGGGAAGCUUUACGGACUAUUUGCCAAGUUUCUAGAUUUGUGUGCCCCAUUGAUCAAGUUAAAACCUCUUCUUGGCCCGCCUGGACAGCCAUUUUCUCCUUUGAUAAACGAUGUUAGCACAGGGAGAAGGGAUGUUGGUCAGAGAAGUGCAUAUCCAGAUCUCUUACGCCAUGCCGCUGGUCCACUUCUCAAUUCGCUCCCAAGUCCGAUGCCUAGCAGCAAAACCUCUGGUGCGCUGUCGUCUGUGGAGGGCUGGGAUGAUCACUUGAUGUGGGAGCUAUUUGAUAAUCAACCAUCCUUGGGCUGGGCGGAAUCAGAGUUGUGGGAGGCCAUGACACAAUUAUAG